UAUUCGCUGUGACACGGCUCUGGUUCAACAAUAUUGGGACAGCAUACGAGCAGAGAUGUGACCUCGUGAAAAUAUAUCUUUGGUUAGUAGCAUAAGGCACGGAAUCUACGUCGUAUAUCUUCUUCAAAUAAUAUUAAGUGUAGAAUAUUUGUUAAGAUACGAUUGUGCGUUGUGAGGUUCGUGGAAAAUUUAACAAAGAACAUGAAUAAACAUGGCGUCUAGCAAUUCCACAUGGAAUGUACAAGAUUGAACAAAUGAGGCAAAGGUUAUGUACGUGACUGACGGACUAAUUACGCCCCUUCUGACACACAGGCCAGGCUGAUAAGGGAAAAAUAUCUGCCAUUGACUGUCCACAUGCCAGAGACAAUGAGCAUACUAAGGAAGAGGUUAAGCGAUUACGAGGAGAUCACUAAAUCCGAGGAAAUAGAUCUUUCGAAUCUCAGAAGAUUAUGCUUUCACGGAAUUCCGGACGAAGGUGGACUGAGGCCGCUAUGCUGGAAAUUGCUGCUGAACUACCUACCACCCACGAAAGCGAGCUGGUCAGAGACUCUGACACGUAAGAGAGAGUUAUACAGAACUUUCAUCGAAGAUUUGAUCGUGAUGCCAGGAGAGUCCGAUAACGAUGGUGACAGAGUUGACGUUACUUUCGAUGACCAUCCUUUGAACUUGAACCCGGAUAGUAAAUGGCAGACUUUCUUCAAAGACAAUGAAGUACUAUUGCAAAUUGACAAAGACGUCAGACGCCUGUGCCCAGACAUAUCAUUUUUUCAACAAGGCACAGAUUACCCCUGCACAGCGAUUGUCAAUACCAGUGGUGUAAAGCGUCUGCAUCGAAGAGUCCAACACACGGUUUUGAAAAGUGCUAACGUGGAGAGAAAAGGGCUGGGAAUAACCAAGCAGAUAGCAGUCUCGGUCAGAAAGGCGGUUGAAGAUUAUGCCCCACUAUCGGAAGGAGGUGAGGCUCACUGGGAAGUCUUGGAAAGGAUUUUAUUCAUUUACGCAAAAUUAAAUCCUGGCCAAGGUUAUGUACAGGGUAUGAACGAAAUAGUUGGUCCAAUUUAUCAUGCCUUCGCUUGCGAUCCUGACUGGCAAUGGAGAGAGUACGCAGAGGCUGACACUUUUUUUUGCUUCACUAAUUUAAUGGCAGAAAUUCGUGACUUCUUUAUCAAGUCCUUGGAUGAAGCUGAAUUCGGCAUAAAUUCAAUGAUGACAAAGCUGACCCGGCAAGUUAAGGACCACGAUUAUGAUGUUUGGUUGCGCUUGAAUCAACAAGAAUUAUGCCCCCAGUACUACAGCUUCAGGUGGUUGACGCUUCUACUUUCUCAAGAAUUUCCACUUCCCGAUGUCAUGAGAAUUUGGGACUCAUUAUUUGCAGACGAAAACAGAUUCAGUUUUCUCAUCCAUAUCUGCUGCGCUAUGAUAUUAUUACUCAGGGAUCAACUUUUAGCUGGUGAUUUUGCCACGAACGUUAAACUAUUACAGAAUUUUCCUUCCAUGGAUAUUCAAAUCGUUCUUUCUAAAGCGGCAGCUCUCGCUGGAAAAACUUUGAAUUCUCCGUAAACGGUAAUGCACCAAUGAUGAAUAAUAAUUACGCAAUGCCAUGAUUGAAGAGGGAGAAACUCGAAUUAACAUGUAGUAAUUAAAUCGUAUUCAAAAGUUUUGCGGGCACGUAAACGCAUGAUUCUUACAUCUACUUUAUGUACCAUACUAUUAAUGCCUACAAUAAUAAUAAAUUUACGUAAAACAUAUAGGUAUAUACAGCAAUAUACAUAUUUCAUAUAUGGGGCGUGCCAAACAUGACAAGAUUUGCGAAUACUACCUAUGCAUGUACGCAUAAUUAGUCAAUCUCGGGUGUGUAGUUUUAUGCUGUGAGGAUCGUCUUAUCUUAAAUUUUGAACUCAUCCCAACUAUUUAAUUUCCUUAUAUUCGUAUCAGCCUUGAUAUCACGUUCGAAAAACGGCAGUCGAUCAGGAAAUAUAUCGAGGUACAUAAAUGAAUUUAAAGUCGAAACUGCGAAUCUCAUUUAGUGGCUCACCCGAAAGCAAUAUAGUAUCAAGUGAGCAUAAAGAAUAUUUCGAGUUCGAUAUUUAAUGACCAAGGCCUAAAAUAAGACGAUCCUAAUUUUUGUGUAGUAUACUUGUAUUUGUACAAUACAAUACCAGUCGAGCGGAAUGUAUAAAAUUAGAAUUAUAUAAACAAAAGGGAUCGAAAAUUUAUUUACCAAGAUGGAACAGUUACAAAAAUUUUGUAGUGAUCGACAUUGUAUCGGAUGGUAUGCAUACAUAUUAGUCUAUUACUACUGUAUUCAAACAUGCACCUAUUACUGAAUACACACAACAAGAAGUGUCCAUCCAAAUUUAUAUUUAUAAUCUUAUUUUUGUAAAAUGUUUUUGCCGUAAUCAUUUUUCCUUUUUAUAUGAAUAAAACGAUGCUAUAUUUC